AUGUUUGAAUCAAGUGUUUUGAAUGGACUAACACGAUUAAGUAUUGAAAUUGGAAGUAGUAAAAGUCGAACUGAUGAUGAUUUUAUUGAUAGAAUUAAUCAUUCAUAUACAACAACUGUACUUAUGAUAUGUACACUUGUAAUAACGGGUAGACAAUUUAUUGGUAAACCAAUAGCAUGUUGGACACCGAAUGAAUUUACUAGUGCACAAGUUGAAUAUGCUACAUUAGUAUGUUGGGUAACUUCAACUUAUUUUAUAUCACCUGAUCAACCAACAAUACCAUCAGAUUUACCGUUACGUAGAAAAGAUUCUAUACAUUAUUAUCAAUGGGUGCCAUUCUUGUUAAUGUUACAAGCUGCAAUGUUUUCAAUACCAUGUAUUAUAUGGCGUUUAUUCAACUGGCAAUCACGUAUUCAUGUAAGUUGA